CAGGGAAUUUGACGGGUGUUCACAAUCGCCAAUGCUAAGUUAUCUAGGCCGGAUCCAGUUUCACUCAGGUGAAAGAGUGAUGCUUAAAUACUACCUUGUUGCCCUGUAGUCGUGUAGGGAUAAACGGAUUUUCCAAAUUGUAGCUCGUAAUCUUGGAAUUGUUUCGGAGGAAAGAGAGAACAACGAACAACAGCUGCUGGCCGCGGGGAACACAGAACAGGUGACAGACAGGCGUUGCAGAGCCGCACCUCACUAGCCGACCUCCAAGAACAGAUUAACACAACCUCCACCCAUCUCCAUUUAUCAAUUUAUCAUCUCGCCACAUAUAUAUAAUCCGUACAUAUCCGGACGCAAAGCACCUUCAUCUUCAGCGUCAACCGAGGGAUUUACCUACUUUUCUUUCCCGGGAGCCCCAUUCUAGUCGCCCUUAUAAAUAUAUGCCGCAGUGCCCCUCCAUUAUUGCAUAUCACCACCUCCCCUCAUACAUUUAUUCAUUCAGCAGCAUUGUGUAUAACUCUGAAACCGUGGCCUUGUAGCCUAUUAUUAUAUACUACGUGUCCACAUCAUCGCCGACCUGGCCAAUAAAUUUUGUAUUGAUCCGGUCAACUCAUCUGGCAAAACAAGGCAUCAUCUAGACACUUUAUCUUCCCCUAGUUAAACGUCGUCCCUCCAUCCUACGAAAACCUCUAAUCGGGCACAAAUCCAUCCAAACAUACUGCUCUCUUACCGACUUCACACAUAUUCCGCUUGCCUUCUAUCUGUCGAGUCCGACAGUCACUAAAUUUCGGACUGUGGUUUCCACAUCGUUGGCCCCCUUCUGAGUGAUUUUCCCUUCGAGUACCUUCUACGCAUCGCGGUUUCCAUUUUCCUAGGAAAUUUCUUUUGCUAUUCAGAGUGCCUACGAUGAGCUUCUGAACUUAUUUUUAUUUUAUUUUUUUAUAACUUGGAAAGAUCCUCAUUGCGUCGUUCAGCUUAGUUGACGUCUACCAAAAGGGGCCUGGGAAAUUACAAGGAGGACAUCUCAUUCCGUUGAAACUUUUGGCUAGAAAACCUUCCAAGAUCAACACGAACGUGCCCGCGGUAAAACGGACUUCCUAAAUCAUGAGCUAUUCUCGCCAUCGACAACCCUCCCCGGUCCGCAAACCUUUUGUUGAUCCCAUGAGAGCAUCUACUGGGAAUAUAGUGGUCGGUUCGGACAUAGAUCCAUACAAUAUCCCUAGGGUUGCCUAUGAUGGAUAUUAUUCAUCCAGUAUCGCAGGAGAUCGGAACUUAGAUUCGCAUUAUAGAAGUUAUUACUACCCCAGGCGAUCUCCUCGUCUUAAUGAGGACCGUCCUAUUGACACUCACCCCAUUUCAUCUCAGGCAUAUCGCUUAACGAAUCAGCCAAUCACCUCGCGAACCGAAUAUGCGGUUCGGCCGAGGAGCAAUACAUCGUCCGUCGCUGAUUCUAGUCGUAACCCUCUAGGCGUCACCAAGCCGCCAUCAAACCUGUUAUUUGCUGGGUACGAUGGUAGCCGUCCUCCAAGGCCAUCAUCAUACUAUGCAGCAAAUGACGCGGAGCGAUAUCUUGUCCCUGCAUCAUCCUUGCCUUCAAGACAUCGUCGGAUAUUUAGUUCUGAUGAUCGAGAAGGUCGAUUAACGCUUGACGACAACAAGGAAGCAACGGCUCGUAUGGAGAAUGCAAGGUAUUUAGUUGCCGGGAGGAGCCCGCGAAGAGCAUACCCAGUUCCUACCCCAAUAAAUAAGCCGCAGAGCAUCGACAUAGGCGAUUCCUAUUCAUAUACCAAUCCCGCAGAGCAGUUUUAUAGGGACUUUGAGGCUACUCAAGACUAUCGACGCGAUAAUUUCGAAAGAAGAAAAGCUAGACCUUUAAGCUUAACCGGCUUGGAACGCUACCUACCUCAUAUUCCUAUAGACUCCAGAGACUCCGGCCCACCCCCUUCUACGAGAGGGUUCGAUAAAAUUAGCAGAGGAGAAAUACCUCGAUCACCAUCUCAAAACAGAAUAGGUGGUGCAGCAUCCCAUUCAUUUGACAUUCCUCGACGGAGGACCAAGGUUCCUGUCUCCCUUCACCAGGACAGAGACAAAAUCUCAAAAGACCACGAAUACGACGACUCGAGAGAACUCCAGAGUUACGAAGGCCGUUACGACGAUAGUCCUUCCAUCACCGAAGAUUUCCACCACCGAAAUCACCGUGAAGAUAUGCGGUACCGACAAGUUCCACGGAUAGACACUGAAAUUAAAGGCACCGAAGACAUACCAGGCUCCAGCGGCCUUGCUACAGCGAGUCUAACCGGUGGUUACUCAAAGGAUUUACGCCAAGGGUACGAUGAUGAUCUUGGUACUCGGGCCGAUGGGAGAAAGGCCAGGGAUCUAACCUGUGGUGGUAGGUCAAGCCACAAGCAUGACCAGCCAACCAAAAUACAAUCUGAAGAUGAAACAGAUACAGAUGAGCAACUCUCAGAUAAGGAUCAAAGAAGACGCCGAUAUGCAGCCACUGAACAUUCACGAAAGGACCACUCGGAAGGUCCUACGGCAGCUCGCCGCACUUACCGUCUCAAUGACUCCGAAUAUGACAACCUUGAUCCAAGGCGACUAGAGGAACCAUCCCAUCGACCCUCAGAGAGACUUCUUUCAGACGGUUUCAUCGUCUCUACCCCCGUCGAUAUCUCCGAUGAGCGUCAAAGGAAACCGUACCAUGUGGAAUUAACUCGUCCCAAAGAACCUGAACAGCUUCCAAAGGGAAUCCUGAAACCCCCAAAGGAUAAGUUCCCCGAAGACCGUACAACUGUAAGAGAGGGAGUCGCUCCGUUAAAAGAUGCAACGAAAAAGGGUAUUCCCAAAGGUGCACGUUGGACCAAAGUAGAUCGAAAACUUGUCACUCCGGCCGCUCUGGAGGGAGAACGUUUCGAGGAACGCCCUGAUUAUAUAAUUGUUUUAAGGGUCCUUACAUUAGAAGAGAUUGAGGAGUUUGCUGCAAAGUCAGCAGAAAUUAGAGCAGCUAGAUACGAGGCCUACCGCAAUGAACGCCGUAGACGUCGAGAUGAUGGUGAACAUAGCGAUGAGGAACGCAAGCCUCGCCUUGCCAUUGAAUCAACCCCUGACUCUAGGCGCCGUUCACCCCCUAAUUCCUACUAUUCUGAGUCAUAUAAGUCUCGUGCGCCACGAUCAUAAGACGUAAAAAAUGAUCAUGAUGCAUGUAUCACUUUGUUCGAAACACUCUAAUUCAUUUCAAUGAUUUCAUAUAUAUUACUUCGAUUAUAUUUUUGGAUAUCCCCAAAAUCAACUUGAUGUUUUUCUUCAUAUUAUUUGCUUUCUAAGUGACUGCCCAAAUAAUAUUGCUUCUGGAUAUAGGAAAAGGACGAACCAAAUAUGUGGCACUCUUGCUGAUAUCUUGCAUGGAGCUGUUUGAACGAUGCCACGGAUCAACAUGAUGGCUGCUCUGAUGUCUGAUGUUUUGGCUAUCAUUUCUUUCUUUUCUACUUUAUUUAUUUAUUUAUUUAUUUUUCUUGGGAAAACUUCGUCCACUUAAUGGAUUAACAAAUGCUAUUUUUUCGUGUCUUGGAUUAAUACUAAUCAAUUAAUCCUUCCUGGGUUACACGUUCGCUUUCUUCAUUCUUCCCUCCACAAGAUCGUUUGGCGGUCCUUCAAAAACGACAUUCAAUAGUUUUCUUGGGUUAAUUCCAAGUUGAUUGAGAUACAAUUUACUAAUUUCCAUUCCGCUCUCGCCUGUAAUUGUGCAUCCACGCUUGAAGUUAUCUGGAACAUACUUUCAGAUGUUUGAGCGUGGUUGUCAUGCCACGCCGCGCUUAUCGCCCAACAGUCGUUUCGGCAAAAUUAAACCC